UGCGGACACCUCAGUCCCAGCCUGGCACACUGAACUGAAAACAGGCCGUCGGAACCUGAGGAACCCACGCCAGGUUUACAGGGGGGGCAGGGGGGACCCCUUACAGAGCGACACGCCUGCAGUCUUUGCUGGAGAAUGUAGCUGCACCUUCUCCACCUGCUGACCAAAAUACACUGCACAAGAUGGGAGCACCUGAGAAGGGACUCUUCUCAGUCAUAGAGAAGCUGAAGGGUGCCGCGGAACAGGAAGUGAGGAUCGUCCUCCUGGGUCUGGACAACGCCGGGAAGACCACGCUGCUCAAGAAGCUAGCCUCCGAAGACAUCAGCACCAUCACCCCCACACAGGGAUUUAACAUCAAGUGUGUGGCCUCAAAUGGCAUGAAGCUGAACGUGUGGGACAUCGGGGGGCAGAGGAAGAUCCGCUCCUUCUGGAAAAAGUACUUAGACAACACAGAUUUGCUGAUCUACGUCAUAGACAGUGCCGACAAGAAGCGGUUUGAGGAGACGGGGCAGGAGCUCUCCGAGCUGGUCCUGGAGGAGAACCUGCAGGGCGUGCCCAUCCUCAUCUUUGCCAACAAGCAGGACCUGGCCACGGCCUCCGCCGCCAGCGACAUUGCCGAGGGGCUCAGCCUGCACACGUACCGCGACCGCCAGUGGCAGAUCCAGGCCUGCUCCGCACUGUCCGGGGAGGGGGUGCAGGAUGGCAUGAAUUGGAUUUGUAACAGCAUCUGUAAUCUGAAAAAAUGAGCCUGGUCAACCUCGGCUUCGACCGCAUUGCUUUGAAGAAGAGACCCCUCAGAUAUUUUUGUUCUCCCCUUGGUUUAUACACUUCCUGGUUAUAUUUCAUUACUGUGAUGUAAUUGUGAAUUAACUAAUCACCAUGACGAUGGAAACAAUUUUGAGUGGUGCCCCCAUGAGUACUGCUUCAAAGUAACAAUGCCAAUCAGGCACCAUGCAACAUCAGGUGCUCACACACACACACACACUCAUGCAGAAACACACACACACACACACACAUCAAGAGUUGGCAAAUUGUAAUGCCAUUUCUGGACCGUUAGUGAGGCAAACUCCAUGUGAUUUGAAACUGCCCUGGUGUAAAACAACUGUGAAGGUGAAGGAGAAAAUGGUGAGAAGUCUGCAUGACUCCACACAUCCGCCAGAAUGACCAGAAUUAGAGCCAUUUCUGAGAUGUGCCGUGUCUGUGUUUGUGCUUUGUUGUUUUUGGUUUAUGAGACAAUAAAAUAGUUCUUCUUUACA